AUGGGGCCGCCUCCUGGAUACAUUUAUCCUCGCUUCCCUAAUCAUGUUUGUCAAUUAAAGAAAGCUUUUUAUGGCCUAAAGCAAGCUUCUCAUGUCUGGUUCCAAUGCUUUAGCUCCUUCCUUAUUCAGCUUGGUUUCUCUUGCAGUCGAGCUGAUACUUCUCUAUUUAUCUUCCAUAAGCACUCUGAUAUCAUUUAUUUGCUUCUAUAUGUUAAUGACAUUAUUAUUACUGGCAACAACUCAUCUCUCAUCCACAGAUUCACCUACAAACUCAACUCUGAGUUUGCCACUAAGGAUUUAGGUCCUCUCAGCUACUUUCUUGGCCUUGAAGCUUCGACAACUACAGAUGGCCUUUUCAUCAGUCAGCUGAAAUAUGCACGGGACAUUCUUACUCGAGCUCAAUUACUUGACAGCAAACCAGUCCACAGUCUUAUGGUUGUAUCUCAGCACUUGUCUGUAGAGGGUCCUCUAUUCUCAAAUCCUACUUUUUACAGAUCUCUAGUUGGCGCCCUUCAAUACUUGACCAUCACACGCCCAGAUAUUGCUCAUGCUGUCAACUAUGUCUGUCAAUUUCUGCAGGCUCCAAUAGCAGAUAAUUUUCUCACAGUUAAGCGAAUUCUUCGCUAUAUCAAGGGCACUCUUCAUUUUGGCAUCACUUUCCACUCCUCUGCUACUCCUAGUGCUCUCAUUGCUUACUCUGAUGCUGAUUGGGCAGGAUGCCUUGAUACUCACCGGUCUACCUCUCGUUACUCCAUCUAUCUUGGAGGAAAUUUGAUUUCUUGGAGUGCUAAGAAACAACCCACAGUCUCUCAUUCAAGCUGUGAGUCUGAGUAUCAUGCCCUUGCACAUGCUGCUGCUGAGCUCCUUUGGAUUACGUACCCUUCAAGACUUACAUGUGUCACUUCCACAACGGCCUCUUCUUCUAUGUGA